UGACAAUGAUUAUUUGAUCCUUAAGUAAACAAACCUACUCUGUAGUGAUAAACAUAGAUACUUACCAUAUGGUGAUGUUAAAUAAAAAACAUUGUCCAAGGCAAACCUGCUGGGCUGGAUAUUUGCUCCUCAGAUUUCACAUAACUUAUUAAAUAUAAUACAGAGGUAUUUGGCCUAUAUAGAUCCUUGGAAUAUAGUAUCAUGGAUAAAAAUAUUUGUAGAUUAUGUUGCGAGAAUAGAGCCGAAACUAACAUAUUUGAAAGUAAACAAGGAGAAAUUAGCGUAAGUUCAAAAAUAAUGUAUUGCUGUUCAGGUCUUCAAAUAAAAUCGGAUGAUGGUUUGCCGUCUAAAAUAUGUGAAUUUUGCAAGAAAGAGCUCGAUGCUUGUUACUAUUUCGUUUUAAAAUGUGAAGCAGCAGAUAAGAGAUUACGAUUGAAAAUUGCAGAAAAACCAAAAUUUGACGCGACUAAGACCGAAAUCAAAUUGGAAGCCGACGAUGACGAUAAUCAUUGGGACGAAGAGACAUUCGCGCUUAGACUGUGCGAUGUUGAUAUUAAGUCAGAAUUUACAGAACAGAAAGCUGAGGUACGAAAGAAAAGACGUUAUACCAAACGUACUAAAUAUAAAAGGCAUCAAGAUGGUAGCUGUAAAUGCCCAGUUUGUGGUAGAGUUUGCAUAAACCCGUCCACUCUGACAAUCCACAUGCGAGUACACAGUAGCGAAAAAUCCUUCUCAUGUACAGUAUGCAAUAGUAAAUAUAAAGAUGCAGGCAAUCUCAAACGGCAUAUGAACAGAAAACAUGAUCCGAUGAGGCAAAGACAGUUUGUGUGUGAAAAUUGUGGUAAAGCAUUCUAUUCUAAAAGAGAUGUUGAAAUCCAUAUGAGGACGCACACCGGGGAGACACCUUACACUUGUAAUGCAUGUGGAAAGAGUUUUACACAGGCAACUUCAUUGUUUCGCCAUAGAUUAAGACAUGAGAGUGAAAAGACUUAUUCAUGUACUAUAUGUAACAAACUUUUCCGAACCAAAGACGGAUUGAGGAACCACGCAUUAGUACAUACAUCAGAAAAGAAGUUUUCGUGUCCUAUUUGUAAUAUGUCUUUUAAAUAUAAGAACAAUGUACACAAACACAUAAAAAAUCAUUCUGAGCCUAAGCGUUUUGUUUGCAACUACUGUGGGAGAUCAUUCAGUAUGAAAGGUGGCUUGAAGAGUCACAUAGACAGACAGCAUUCUGAGAAAUCAGGUUAUUGUAAUGUAUGUUCAAAACAUGUACCAAACUUAGAAGUUCAUAGUUGGAAGCACACAGGGCAACGGCCAUUNAAGAACAAUGUACACAAACACAUAAAAAAUCAUUCUGAGCCUAAGCGUUUUGUUUGCAACUACUGUGGGAGAUCAUUCAGUAUGAAAGGUGGCUUGAAGAGUCACAUAGACAGACAGCAUUCUGAGAAAUCAGGUUAUUGUAAUGUAUGUUCAAAACAUGUACCAAACUUAGAAGUUCAUAGUUGGAAGCACACAGGGCAACGGCCAUUAAAAUGUGAACUGUGUUCAAGUAGCUUUUCACAGCUUAAAGCUUUGACACAUCAUGUUAACUUCAAACAUAAGCAAACCUCAAAACACAAAUGCCUUGUUGCCGGCUGUGAAAUGGCAUUUCCAUCUAAACCAAUGCUAGAUUACCACACUGCCAAAGUACACAGUACAGACAUUCCAUUUCCUUGUGACCGAUGCUCUAGGGGUUUCUACAGGAAGAAUGACCUAUCUCGGCAUAUGAUUGGAACCCAUAAGGAAAAGUUACUGUGAUUUUUGUGAAAUUGUGUUUUCAUGGACUUUGAUAGUCAAUAAAUAUAGUGCCAUAUAUUAUAGAUUUUAUUUUAUUCGA